AUGCUUUCGCUUAGAACCAUCUCUUCUUCCGUCCGGCAGUCAAUCUUCGCCAUCACUCGCUUCAAAACAACCAUCGAUGUGUCGAAAGUUCCGGUACUGCGUGACGAGGACCUCGAGGAAGCAUUCGUUCGUGGAAGCGGCCCCGGUGGCCAAUCGGUUGCCAAGACCAACAACAAGGUCGUUUUGACUCACAAACCGACCGGAAUAGUGAUUCAGUGUCACUCCUCGCGAUCGCUGUUUAAAAAUCGCGAGGAAGCCCGCCGGUUGCUGAUUUUAAAGCUGGACGAGCUGGAAAACGGAGACCAAUCCGUCGAAGCGCAGCGCCAGAAAAUUGAAGCAAAGAAACACUCGGAGACGACGCGCCGGAAGAUGAAACGGCAGGAGCUGAAGCGAUCGUGGAAGGAUCGGGAGUUCGGAGGGCAAGAUUGAGACGAUUUGAAGAUGUGUUUUAAAAUUUAGUUGCUAAAUAGAAUGUUGAAAAUUACCACGAACUAAAA